AUGAGUGAGUGCUCUGAGCGUUCGGCCAUGAACUCUCAUUCUCAACUGAUUGACACAACACGGAAACCCAAACGGGCUUGUGUAUACUGCAGUCGUCACUUUCGGCGCGAAGAGCACUUACAGCGACACCUACGUACUCAUACCAAAGAGAAGCCAUUCAAAUGCCACUGUAAUGCCGCAUUUGCCCGCCGUGAUCUUCUGAGGCGUCAUGAACGGAUUGUUCAUCAAGAGCAACAUAUCUCUUCUUGUUCCUCGUCCACCAAACCCACGACCGCGUUCACUCAAAAUGGUCACAUUCUAUCUCCAUCGAUAUCUUCCCUCGCGCAAGUUUCAGGCGUUGAUGGUGAAAUGGAUCCUCAUUUGACGGAUCUUAUAUUCUCUCAUGCUCCGUUAGCGGGACGUAACCCUGAAUCAGAGAUCACUGUAGAGGAACUAGGUCAAUUUACAGAGUUUUCUCAGUUUCUCAAUUCGGUGGGAAUACCAUCCGAAUGGGCACCAAUAGAUCUUAUUGGACGCGAUACUUUGCGAUCGCCUGAUGACUUAGUCUUGGAAGAUCGAAUGCAAACUCCCGCAAGUGAUCUCGAUAAUCAGACUUUCCAUCCAUGGCUACCGUCGAACUCACAAGUUGUUCAAAACCUGACCACAUUCCCAAGCUUUGAGCCAUCACAAACUACGAUCAAACUUUCAAAAUUCACAGUAACGGAAGACCAACGUCAAAAAAUCGUCCAGAAUCUGGAAAGCUUCCAUUCUGAAAUACCAGGCUUCUCUCUUCCCCCCCGACAUGCCCUGACUCGAUAUUUGGUCUCCUUUUUUGAGGGAUUUCAUAAGCAUCUUUUGUUUAUUCAUAUUCCAACUUUUGACCUAUUAAAGCAACCAGUUGAGUGUGUUCUGGCCAUAAUGGCUGCCGGUGCUCAGUACCGCUUUGAGCAUAAUAAUGCGAAUCAACUUUUUCACGCUUCGCGAUCUAUUGUUACACGUCGCAUCGCCUAUGACAGUUGCGAGGAUAUCGAGAGCUCACUUAGUACUGACAUUCCACGGACAGCCCACACCAUCAAGCCUCAAGUCCAAAUCGAUGAUGACCGCAUGCACACCAUGCAAUGCUUGCUAAUUCUGAUGGGUUAUGGUACCUGGGGAGAGUGUAGCUUUCUCAAAGAGGCCUUCCGUCUCCGCAGCUUACUAACACAAUGUCUUCGCAUAUGUGGCACGCGAGAAGCACCUGCUAGCGGACAGCAGUCAUGGAGCGAGUGGAUCAGACACGAAACUGUUCGUCGAACUAAACUUGUUUCUUUUUGUUUCAUCAACAUAUAUAGCGUGGCCUACAAUGCAACAAUCGCGAUCAGGAGUAGCGAGAUGUUUCUUCGUCUCCCAUGUUCCACAAGAGAGUGGAAUGCGACCUCGGCCCAGGAAUGGGAAGAUGCACGCCGUGGGAUCGAGGCAGAGCAGCUCAAACUUCCAGUUGCAUUAGAUCGUAUGCUACAACUUUCCGACAAUGUUGUUACACUUCGUCCUAUUCCUUCCCCACUUGGGAGCUAUGUCAUUCUGCAGGCUCUUAUACAGCGGUGUCACCUCGCGCGUGACCUAGCCUUGGGGCUCCCAAAUGAGCCUUCUCAUCUUCCCUUAGAAGAAUCAAAUAGGCUGGAAGGCGCUCUUCGAUCGUGGACUUUUAUAUGGCAACAAGCCCCUGAGUCAAGCCUCGACCCGCUAAAUGUAAAUGGACCGAUCGCCUUCACCUCAAGUUCGCUACUUGGACUUGCAUAUAUUCGACUUUUUCUCAACAUAGGGCCAUUUCGCCAAUUAGAGACGCGGGAUCCCACAAUUAUUGCCGAUUGUUUGUUCCAAUGCCCUUUACCUGAGAGAGGUCCUCGAUUGACACCUGCACUCAUCUACGCUGUCCAUGCUAUGACCAUCCCAGUACGGCUCGGUGUUGAUUUUCUUGCACGAAGUCAAGCAUUCUUUCUCAGUGUGCGAUACUGUUUAGCAAACUUCGAGUCCCGUAUCUUGACUUGGAUUAGAGAUAUCUUGCAGGAAGCAAAUGAUUCGAUGGACGUGGAGGACGAGAAAAGGCUGCCAAUUACGAACCCAUUGGAUAUGAGUGUUGCUGUUCUACGUCUUUGGGCGCGGUUCUUCCGUGGAAAUUCCCAGUGGCCAUUUAUUAAUAUAAUAGGCUUAGCACUACAGCGGUACUCCUGUCUUAUUUAA